UGACAGCGGGCACAACGUUCACGACGGUGGUGCUCGGAGAGAUUUUGGUCAUCACAGGAGUUGACAUGCCGACCGUCCCGGAAGAUCAGAGAGGAGGAUGGGAGGAGAGCAGAGGAGGAAGAGGAGGGAGGAACAGCAAACGUCAGGGAGGAGACGCGUUAUUCAGGAGAAAGAGGUACGAGAGCAGCGACGGCGAGAUGACGGCUGCCGAGUUGUCAGAGAAGGAGUCACUGAUGACGGAGCUGAGCAGGCUGGUUGAGUGGGUGGUGCAGGAGAGCAGCUGGUGGGAGAGGAGGGGAGUCGACUGCAGCAUUCUGACGGGAGCCUUCCUCUGCCUGCCGCUCGCCUUCCUGCUGCUGGGCUCCUCUCGGGUUCUGUGGUUUGCAGUGGGGAUGCUGCUGAUGGGUGCGGCACACGCUAUCAUCACCGUCAAGGGAGCCCACCUGGCCAGUCACGGGGCGCUGAGCCAGUCCCAGACCUGGGGAAAGUUCUGGGCCAUCUUCUUCAUUGAGAUUUGUGGCUCGUUUUCAGAGCAAGUUGCCGUGCACGGCCACAUUAAGCUGCAUCACGCUCACACGAACAUCAUUGGGCUGGGUGACUCCAGCAUUUGGAAGGCCCCGUUGCUGCCGCGCACCGUCUAUCUGUUCCUCGCUCCUCUGGCAGUGCCUGUUCUCACUCCACUGAUUGCACUUGCUCAACUCAAACAGCAUUCUCUGGCUCACGCUGUCAGGAACAUUCUGCUGGUCUCACUGGGCCUGUACUCCCAGUACUGGCUGCUGAUCCACAUCUCUGGUUUCCGGUCCCCUCAGAGUGCCUUGCUCUGCAUGUUUGCCUGUCGAGCGAUCUUCUCUGUGCCCUACAUCCAUGUCAACAUCUUCCAGCACAUCGGCCUGCCAAUGUUCUUCCACCGCCGACCAAAGCGGAUCCACCAGAUGACUCACGGAGUCCUGAAUCUGCCGCGGAACCCUCUGCUGGACUGGACAUUUGGACACUCCAUCAUCAACUGCCACGUGGAGCACCAUCUCUUCCCCUUCCUGACUGACAACAUGUGUCUAAAGGUGAAGCCUGUGGUGUCCAAAUAUCUGAGUGAGAAACAGCUUCCGUACCAGGAGGACACCUACCUGUCCCGCCUGCGUCUGUUUUUCCACACGUACCAGGAGCUGAUGGUGUUUGCUCCGCCCAUCACGGAGCUGGUGGGAGUUCAGUGACGGAGAGAAGCUCAAAGCACAAGAAGAGCAAGUUCUCAGUCGAAUGCUUUAAUACAUCAGCUGGUUCUCGCACUAUUUUCACGUUAUUUAGUGAGUAGCACAGGAGAAAGCGCCAACAUCAACGGACCUGUUUGGACUUGCAUUAGUGUUGGAAAUGUAAUCACAGACACCUCCACCUGGUCGGACAGCUUUUUUUAAUUUAAUUUGCUGUGUGCGUUGCUC